GUUGUGUAUCCGCUUCUGCAUCGAUUAAUAGUGUCGUCUCAGAUUUGUCCCAAAUCAUCCUCGUUUCUGUCCUCUCAGUAUCCUCUCGAUUGACACAGAAGCGUCGAUCAUCAUGGCCACAACACUCCAAGGGAAGGGUAUCUUUUUCGUCAAUUCCAAGAUCGCUCGCCCCGACAUUUUGGAUGUGCCAACAUUCCUAAAGUGGUACGAUGAUGACCAUAUUCCUGAGAUCAUAGAGACCAGCGGAAUUCGGUCCGCCCGUCGCUUCGUCGAUAUCGACCCAGAGGUAGGCAUGCCCUACCUUGCUAUGUAUCCCAUGGAAGAUAUUGGCUUCACUCAGAGCCAGGAGUUCCGCAACAUCCACGUCACGAGUGACAUAUUGCCUGGCGACAAUUCAAUCUACGACCUCGCCGAUAUAAACGCCCGCUGCGACAAUCUGAUUUGCGUCUAUGACAAGGCUAUGGCAGGCAAAGGAGCCAUGAAAAGUUUGGUUGUCAUUGCUUGUGAGAUAAAAGGGAGUGCCUCGCCGGAAGAGGUCGAGCAAUGGUUCCGCGAAAAGCACUGUGCCUCGAUGGCCGAGUCCGUCGGCUAUCUUCGAACCACGGGCUUCAAGCUAGCAAGUGCAAGUUCGAACGCACAACUACGCGUACUUAAAGGCCUUGACCAGCCUACGAAAGAGCCUGCGCCGCAGCCUGCUACUUGGUUAUCACUGCAUGAAUUUAGCUGCGAUGCUUCACAACUGGAUGGCGCAGAACUUGGGAUGCUAGCGACUAGACCUUGGGGAAAAGAUGCAUUCGGUACCUAUGAUGUUCAUAUUUACAAGCUUGCCAAGGAAGUCGGAGAGAAAGACUGGUUUCAUAGGGUAGAGGUCUAGGUUUAAUGGGUUCUACUGUUACAAUUCUGACGUUGCAAUGAUUCUUGGUCAACACUGCCUUGACCGAUUUGUUUCACACUGCUCCCGAAGAGUAAAGUCGCCCUGUCUACCGUUACUUUCAACAAACCUAUAAUGGAUACGGAAUGAGAUUUAUUCAGUUUUCUUAGA